AUGUCCAUCGCUGCGCGUAGUAUGCGCGUGAUCAACACGUCCGCAUCCGUAGGCUAUUGGGGGCCUACAACCUCUACUAUCGACUGGUGUGAAAACAAUUACGAGAUAAGCUACUACAUUGCCGAGUUCUGGAAUACUACAAGCAACGCGCUUUUUGUUGUGCUUGGGCUCUACGGUCUUUAUCGCAGUAUUCAGAUGAAGUUCGAGCCACGCUUUCACUUGCAAUUUCUCGGUGUGAUGAUUACGGGCUUCGGGUCAGCCAUGUUCCACGGAACGCUUCAGCAUGUGUAUCAACAGUGUGACGAGACGCCAAUGGUUUGGUCCAUUCUAGUGUGGAAUUACAUUGUCUAUACUGACGAGAUUCAGAAAAUACCUCUUAAGAAUGCCGAAAGCUACGUCAUCGCAUUUCUCACCUUGAUCGGCGCUGUCUUUACUGUGCUUCACGCUAUUUUCCGAUUUACAACAGCCUUCCAGGUCUUUUUCGGUGUCUUUGCUAUUUCAGCGUGCUUGCGUCUUUGCGUACAUUACACUAAUAUAAAGGACUCUCGAGCACGCGCCGUUGCGCAGUCAUACGUGGCAUUCGGUCUAAUCGGCCUAGUAUUUUGGCUCAUGGACUACCACUACUGUCAAGUGGUUCGUAAUCUUCCUGUUAACCCCCAAGGACACGCCUGGUGGCAUAUUUUCAUGGGAGUCUCAUCAUACCAUGGGCCAAUAUUUAUGCAAUACGUUCGAAUGGAGCAGCUCAAGAGAAACGCUCGCAUUCAGGAAAUCUGUUUCGGUAUCGAGACCAUCGUCGUUGAUCCGGUGAGCCCCGCAAAGACCAAAAAAUUGUAA